AUGUUUCUUUAUCAGCUGAUCGAAUGGAGCAAACGUAAUAAAGCGAAAGUGAUCAUUUUCAUUACGAUUAUCGUAUUUCUAAUUUGUCGUUAUGAAGAGCGUAUACCUAGUAUCACAAAUCAAAUCAAUCAACACAUUUUUGCUGAUAAUCGCAAUGUCAGUAAACCAAGUGAAAUUUUAUUGAUCUAUGUCUAUGCAAAUACUCAUUCCUAUGCUUAUGGAAAUUUGAAGUAUUUUAUUGAAGAAGCUGUUCGAGAAAACGAUGGUAUCGAUUAUUAUUUUAUUUUACAACAAAUCGAGAAGAAGCCAAUCAAUGAAAGUACAAUGCCACCAAUACCCAAAUCCAAUGCAUUCUAUCUUCAACAUGAAAAUAAAUGUUUCGAUUAUGGAACCAUCGGAUGGUUCUUUGACACCUAUACAAUUGGACAUCCUUGGAAACAAACAUCACCAGCAAUCGCAAAUCCGGUUAAUCUAAGAAAAUACAAAUACUUUAUUUUUAUGAAUUCAUCUAUUCGUGGUCCUUUCUUUCCACCGUAUUUUAUUCACUUAGUUUUAAAAGCAAAUCUCAACUACUACUGGUACUCAGUCUUUACCAGACGUAUUAAUAGUAAAAUUAAACUGGUCGGCUGUACAAUAAGUUGCGAAGCAGUCCCACAUGUCCAGUCCUAUUUCCUAGUUACAGAUUCUACCGGUUUCUCAUUAAUAUCAAAACCAGGCACUUCGGGCGGAACAACCAAGGACGGAAUAUUCCAUUGUUAUCCAACUAAAGAUCAUGUGUCAAUUUACAGUGAAAUACCUAUGUCCAAUCGAAUAAUUGAAGCAGGCUAUAUGAUUGAUUGUUUACUAACAAAAUACCAAACAAUUGACUUUACAAAACCGAACAAUCGUUUUUGUAAUGCGAAUUUCAAUCCAUAUAAAGAUCGUGGUCUUCAAAAUACUUCAUUGGAACCAUAUGAGGUUGUUUUCGUUAAAAGCAAUGACUUGGUAUUUCUUAAAGAUGCACGCGAUCGAGCAAGAUUAUAUCAAAAGUGGAUGGAAGAUAUUCGAUCACUGAACCGCACAUCAUUAUAA